GCGCCCUGCUGCAAGGGGCGGGCCGGCCUGCGCUGGGGCGUUGAGUUACGAGCCUGUGCCUUGCCAGGGGCUUUGUUUGUAAGCUUUCUCGCCGUCUCUCCACCUCUUUUUUUCCCCCUCUCUCCCCCCACCCCUGCCUUAUGCCUUUCCUUCCUCCAGCUCAGCCAUCGGAGCUCCAUGCAAGGCAUCUAAUUCUUUAAGUCCUCUCCAGGCGCGCAGAGAAUCUUGCACCAGAUUGAUCCUUAUUAUUUUUUUGUACUGGCUCUGCCUUUUCAGAACCACUCUCUUUCUUCCCUCCCCUCGGACGGUUCGCCCCAUCCCUCCUCCUCUGCAGAGGCGAGAAAAGGAGCUCCUGGAUUCCCAAGGGCCUGCCGAAGGGAAGCAUGUUUCGCUCCUAGGACCCGCCCCCCUCGCUUCUCCUCUCCUCCCGGGAAAGUUCUGAGAAUGAUCCUUCCCUUCCUCCAGCCUGCCCUUUUAUUCUUCCUGGCGUCUGCGACUUCCUUCCCCAAGGAUUUGACUCCGCUUAGCACAGUCGGCGGGGCAGGAACAUCCCGGUAUCCUGUUUUCCGUGGCCUCGCAGGAGACAAUGACACUGCCCAGCUAGGCCUGGAUUUCCAGAGUAUGCUGAGACUCAACCAAACCCUUUUCAUUGCCGCGCGAGACCACGUCUAUGCCUUCGAUCUCCGACGGACCAAGGACGACUUCUCUCCAAAGAGGCACCUCACAUGGAAGACGCAAGACAUGGAAAAUUGUGCGAUGAGAGGAAAGCUCCGGAAUGAAUGUUACAACUACAUCAAAGUCUUGGUUCAGAAGAACGAAGAAACCCUCUUGGCGUGUGGGACAAACGCCUUCAACCCCAUGUGCCGGACCUACAAGAUCAGCGACUUGGAGCAGGAAGGGGAGGAGCUGAACGGACAGGCGCGGUGUCCCUUUGACGCAAAGCAAAACAACGUGGCGCUUUUCGCAGAAGGGAAUCUCUAUUCCGCCACGGUGGCAGACUUCCAAGCCAGCGACACUGUCAUCUACCGAAGUCUGGGCGAGAGGAGCCCGGUCUUGAGGACUGUCAAAUAUGACUCCAAGUGGCUGCGAGAACCACAUUUCCUGCAUGCGCUGGAGUAUGGGAAUUACGUCUAUUUCUUCUUCCGGGAGAUCUCCAUGGAAUACACCACCCUGGGAAGGGUCAUCUUCUCCCGGGUGGGGCGGGUGUGCAAGAACGACAUGGGGGGCUCUCCCCGAGUGCUGGAGAAAUACUGGACCUCCUUCCUCAAAGCUCGCCUCAACUGCUCCGUCCCUGGAGAUUCCUUUUUCUACUUCGACGUCCUUCAGGCCGUCACAGACGUGACCCAGGUGAACGGGCGGCCGGCCAUCUUCGGGGUCUUUGCCACCCAGUCCAACAGCAUCACGGGCUCAGCUGUCUGCGCCUUCUACAUGGAUGAAGUAGAGAGGGUCUUCAACGGCAAGUUCAAGGAGCAGAGGAACGUGGAUGCGGCUUGGACCCCCAUCCCAGAGGAGAAAGUACCAAGGCCCAGACCUGGCUGCUGUGCUGGUAUCGGGAAAGCGUCGAGCUUCAAAACCUCCAACAGCUUCCCGGACGAGAUGCUUGGAUUCAUCAAGUCCUUCCCUCUCCUUGAUGAAGCUGUGCCCUCGGUCACGGAGCAGCCCUGGUUUACGAAGACCACCAGCAGGUACAAGCUGACCCGUCUGGCUGUGGACACAACGGCUGGCCCCUUCCGAAAUUACACGGUCCUUUUCCUGGGCUCAGAAGACGGCACAGUGCUGAAGAUCCUCUCCGCCACCACCGAGAAUUCCACGGUCCAGACUUUGCUGCUGGAAGAGAUGUCUGUCUACAACCCAUCGCUGUGUAGCGUCAGGAGGGAAGAUCGGCGCGUCCUGGGGCUCGAACUUGACACAGCCAGCCAUGCCGUUUACGUGGCCUUCUCUGGGUGCGUGGUGCGAGUCCCUCUCAGUCGCUGCGCUGCCUACAGUGCCUGCCGCAGGAGCUGCCUGGGAUCUCGCGAUCCGUACUGCGUUUGGCUGAGCACGGGGGCCUGCGUUGCGUUCAGCAGCGAGAUCAGAGGCAGUUUUGAGCAAGACGUCGAAGGCUCCGUCAGAUAUGUGGGGAACUGCCAAGAUGUCGUAACAGCCCCCGGGAGCCGCGAUGGCACCAGCGACUCUGCAUAUGGGAAGACGCAGACCUCCGCAGCCGCCACCACUCCCUUCCCAGAAGCGCCCACGGGGUCUCCUCCCGCUAGCUUGGCUCCCGACGCCCGCCUGGCCCCGGGCGCAGGGGGGCCACGCUCCACCCUCCACGUGGCUGUGAGCAAGCAGGGCGUGCGUCAGGAGUCUGGCGGUCGCGAGGACGCCCCGACGGUCCACUUCACCUUCCUGAUCGGCUGCAUCUUCGUGGCCUUCGUCUUGGGGGCCUUCCUCUCGGGCCUGCUGGUCUCCUGCUACUGCAGCCACAGCUUCCAGAAGGCCAAGAGGGCCGGAAAGGACCCCGAGGGCGGCCUCCAGCGCCCGCUGUCGCUGCGGAGCCUGGCCAAGAUGAACGGGCUGCUGGAGGCGCAGGCCAAAGACGCCUUGGCGGAAGGCCCGGCCACCAAGCUGUACACCACCCUGCUCCCCAGCGAGAAGGAGCCGCCCGGCACCUCCGUCGCGGCCAAGGCGGGCGUCAAGGACCACCACCCGGAGCUGUCCGGCCUGCCCACCCCGGAAUCCACGCCAGAGCUGCCCGUCAAGAACAUGAAGGCCAUUCGCAACCAGUGGGAGAAGAACCAGAAUUUCAACAACGCCAAGGAGUCGCAAGGCAAAGUGCCCUUGUUCCACACCCCUGUCUCCAACGCCCACCCUUUCCCCUUCGCCAGCGCCGUGGCGGGGCCUGGGCACCUCCGCGGCUACGAGGCCCCCCUGGCGGGCUACCUGGACGAGAAGAAGAUCCCGAACCCGGAACGGGUCCUGGUGCGGCACUCCCAGUGCUACCUGCCCAAAGGGGUGGAGGUAGCGGCCCUCGAGGAGCUCCUCAAACACCUCCACAGGCCGAGGGCUCCUCGGCGAAGGGCCUGGCCGGCCCCCGCUUCGCCCCCGCGGCCGUGUCCUUCGCCAACCGGGUGCAGCCCCAGAUCCCCGACGUGGAGAGCGCCCCGUACUACAGCUCCUCCACGCUGCCCAGGGACAGCCUGCCGCGGAGGCUGGACGUGCCUCCGGACCCGCCCGGGGCCACCGAGAAAGCGGGCGCCCGGCCGCACAGACACUCGCUCUGCGCAGCCCCCAAACUGGUGAACGUUGGCGGGGGCGUGCUGUCGCGCCACCACAGCCUGGGCCAGGCGGGCCGGCCGCCCUCGUCUCUCCUGACCCGCAUGCACUCCACGGGGACCUCGGUGCCCCACGAGGGAGCCCACCCUGCCAUCUUCC